CGUAGGAUCAAUCUAACUCUUCUUCUUCCUCGAUUAGGGUUUGAUUUUAAUCCUCUCUUCUCUUCCACUCAGGGUUUAAGCGCCUCAACCUCACCGCCUUCUUGAGCUACCUCAUCCCGUCAAGCUAAUCUUCUCUCUCAGAAGCGUGAGUAAUGAGGAAGCUCAAGUACCAUGAGAAGAAGGUUCUGAAGAAAGUUAAUUUCUUGGAAUGGAAAAGAGAACGUGGUCAUCUCGAAAACCUCAUCACGGGUCGUUACCACAUGGGUGGUCGUGACGACUACAAAAAAUAUUCAGGAUUGAGUAGGAUGGUUCAGAAGCUGACGAAUGUAUUGAAACAGAUGGAUGCAACUGAUCCUUUUCGUAUUCAGAUGACUGAUAACCUUCUCGAGAAGCUAUACAACAUGGGAGUUAUACCGACUAGGAAAAGCUUGGCUUUAACUGAUCGGUUAUCAGUCUCCUCCUUCUGUAGGCGUAGGCUAUCAACUGUGCUGGUUCACCUCAAGUACGCAGAGCACUUGAAAGAAGCUGUGACAUACAUAGAGCAAGGACACAUUCGUGUAGGACCAGACACUAUCACUGAUCCAGCCUUCUUAGUAACUCGGAACAUGGAAGAUUUCAUCACUUGGGUUGAUUCUUCCAAGAUCAAACGCAAGGUGCUUCAGUACAAUGACAAGUUGGAUGACUACGACAUGAUGCUUGCUUAACUCAACUCUCUCUUAAGAUAAUAUUUGUCUUGCUUCGCAAAAGUGUAAACCUUUUUAUAUUGCCAAACUAUAUGUUUUCAUUACUUAUCAAACCUUUUGCAAUAGAGUAAUCAAAAAAGUUGCCUCC